AAGCCCUGACUUAUGACAAAAUGGCGGCAUGCGAAGGGAGCAGUGGUUCUGGGCAGCAGCUGGAUCCAGAUGAGGAACCUCCGAAAUUAUCUGACCUGCUUGAUCGUGGCUGGAAGAUAUUUGAAGAGGUAGACAGUACAAAUGAGCCUCUGAGCUCAAGCAGUGUUCAAAGCAGGGUGAAGUGUGGCAUACGCAUGCUGGAAGAAGCGUCUGCAAUGGUGGCUCAGCUCGACCUGUUCAGCCGCAACGAAGAGCUGGAUGAAGUCUCCACAGCUGAUCUGAAGUACCUGCUGCUGCCCGCGCUGCUAGGAGCUCUGACCAUGAAGCAGAGCAGCCGAGACAAGCGGCUGCAAACAGUUCAGACCGCUCAGACGUACUUCAUGGACUUCCUGACGAGGUGUAAAGAGUACAACGUCUCCCAGUUUGACCUGCCAAAGCCCUCCAAUGAAAACACGAGCCCCAACGGAGUCUCUGCAGCCACGCCUGUCCCCUGCUCAUCAGACCUGGUUUCCAUGGCAGCACACAGACAAGCUAAGAUUGAGCGAUACCGUCAGAAGAAGGAGCUGGAAACCAGACUGUCAGAUAUCCGGAAGGCUGUGGACAGUGGACAGGCCGACGAUGAAGUCAGCAGAGAUUUUUAUCUUCUGAAUGUGCAGAGAUGGGUCACUGUGUGUCUGGAAGAAUUAGAAAGUAUUGAACAGGAGGUGGAGAUACUCAAGAAGAUGGAUGGUCUGAAGCAGGGUGCUGUCAAGCAGCCAGCUCAGCCAGUCAGGCCUCCCAUGAAACCCUUCAUCCUCACCAAGGAUGCUGUACAGGCUCGAGUGUUUGGUGCUGGUUACCCCAGCCUCCCCACUAUGACUGUAGAUGACUGGUAUGAACAGCACAGAAAACAUGGAGCCCUGCCUGAUCAGGGGAUAGCGAGGAAGGUUGUUGUGGAUGAGGACACUGAUGCAAAGGAGAGAGAAGAAGAAGAAAAAGAGAAAAAGGCUGAAAAUGAUGAUGAGGAGUCUUUGCUGAAAGCUAGAAACUGGGAUGACUGGAAAGACUCUCAUCGCAGAGGUUAUGGAAACCGCCAUAACAUGGGCUAACUGAUCCCAAAACUCUAAAUAAAGUCUAAAUAGACCUGGAUCUGUCUUCAUUUUACUCCUUAUCAGUCCUGGAAGUGGACUGAUCUUUAAAAUAUGUGAAGGUCACCAAUCCAAGAAGAAACACAGCACCACUAACACACCUGUUUAGUUUAUUGAUUGGUUUAUCUGCAGGUAAACACUAGAGCUCAUUUACUCAUGUCAUGGACUCAAUCCUCUGGGACCACCACCAUAUUUCUAAAUGAGUUUAAAUUAAAGUCUACAAUUUGGCUGGAUUGAAUAGAGCCCUGCCAUGAUGCCAAUGUUUCUGCUCUGUAGUAUGUAUUGCCCUAACACUGUCAUUGGAAAUAAAGAGACUUCUCAAACCAUUA